CAUUACUACAGGUAAUACCUACUAGGUAAUGUUGUCUUCGAGUACGAAAUACACUUGACAUGCAUACAACCUUGAAAUGAAAGUGGCCAUGUCGAUCAAUACAUCAAGUCUCCCUUUAUUCAAUGUUGUCUUUCCACUAACUAUGAGAUAUGGCUAAAAACGGUAUAUGAUAUUAACCACCUUAAUGGUGGGGUUUACGAAUAAUACACCCAAAAUGAAAUUCAUAAUUCGCUUCAAUGUUCCAUGUUGGUGACUCAAGUUGAACAACAACAGUAUAUCUUACGAAUUGCGCAAUACUCUCUGGUUUAUAAUAGGCUAUCACAACCCUUCUUCUCGAAGGGCUAACGUAGAAGAUGCCUACUAUAUCAGUUGACAAAUAUGACCUCUAUGAGGCUCUGGGUCAACAAUAUACGACCGCCGAGUUUGAAGACCUAUGCUUCGAGUUCGGCAUCGAAUUAGACGAAGACACGGAAAAUGAGGAGAGACCCAUCGUGGAUGGCGUACAGGAGCCUCCCCAACUCAAAAUCGAGAUCCCCGCCAACCGAUAUGACAUGCUCUGCUUCGAGGGGAUAGCUCUUAUGCUUAACAUCUUCCGUGGAAAGCAAGCUACUCCCAACUUUAGAUUGGCGCAACCCCCGUCCGGCGAUUUAACUACCAUCACUGUUCUCGAAGACACUACCCAAGUGCGACCUUUAGUCGCUGGUGCCAUCUUGCGCAACAUCACCUUCACUCCAAAGAGCUAUGCAUCUUUCAUCGCUCUGCAAGACAAGUUGCACCAGAAUCUUGCGCGCCAACGUACUUUAGUCGCCAUUGGAACACACGAUCUGGAUACCAUUAAGGGCCCUUUCACAUACGAGGCGCGACCCCCGAAGGAUAUAAGCUUCGUGCCGCUCAACCAAACCAAGAAGCUAAACGGGGAGGAGCUGAUGUCGUUCUACGAAAAGGAUAAGCAUCUAGGCAGAUAUCUGCACAUAGUUCGCGACAAGCCUCUGUACCCUGUUAUCUACGAUGCCAAUAGGGUAGUCUGCUCCCUGCCCCCUAUCAUUAAUGGCGACCACUCCAAGAUCUCGGUCAACAGCAAAAAUAUCUUUAUAGAGUGUACCGCCACCGACCAGACCAAGCUAGAGAUCGUGCUUAAUAUGAUGGUCACCAUGUUUUCCGUCUACUCUCAAGACCAGUUCACCGUCGAGCCUAUUAAGGUUAUAUCCGAUCACAAUGGUCAGACCCGAAUAACCCCGAAUUUGUCGACCCGUACCCAGACCGUCGAAGUCGACUACUUGAAUGGUUGCCUUGGGCUAUCCGAAACCGCCGAGAGUAUUAGCAAGCUCCUGACCAAGAUGGCUGUAGUCGCCAAGCCCUCAGAAAAGGAUCCGGAUAGUCUAAUCGAGGUUACGAUACCCCCAAUGCGCGCUGACAUUCUGCAAAGAUGCGAUAUCAUGGAGGACGUUGGAAUCGCUUACGGCUUCAACAAGUUGCCCCGGAUAAAUGUCACCAAGACUGUCGGCGCGCCACUUACUCUUAAUAAAUUGGCAGAUAUCGUCCGUCUCGAGUGUGGUAUGGCAGGCUGGUCCGAAGUCAUGCCACUAAUCUUAUGCAGUCACGACGAGAACUUCGCCUGGCUAAAUCGCAAAGACGAUGGUAACACCGCCGUCAAGUUAGCCAACCCCAAAACGGCCGAGUACCAAAUUGUGCGCACGUCCUUGCUCCCUGGCCUUCUCAAGACAAUCCGCGAGAACAAAGGCCACAGCGUGCCGAUUUGUGUUUUCGAAACAUCGGACGUAGUGUUCAAAGAUGCGGCCGUGGAGCGUCGCGCCCGCAAUGAGCGCCACUUCGCCGCCGCCUGGUACGGCAAGGCCUCCGGCUUUGAGGAGGUUCAUGGCCUGCUCGACCGCGUCAUGGCCAUGCUGCGCCAGGCCUUCCUUACUCACGAGGAGGGUCUUUCUGCUCCGAUCGACUACAAAGUCACCCCCGCCCACCUCCAGCGCGACGGCUACUGGCUCGAGCCUGUCGACAACGAGCCCACCUUCUUCCCCGGCCGUGCCGCCGCCAUCCACGCCAGAAUUGGCGGCAAGACCGUACGCAUCGGCGAGUUCGGCAUCUUGCACCCCACCGUCCUGGAGAACUUCGAGUUGAAGUAUCCCGUCAGCACACUCGAGAUCAACCUGGAGGUUUUCUUAUAAAAGAAUGUAGGAAAGAAUGAGGCCAAAUGAAUUCAAAAAAUGAUACAAUAAAAAUGAAACGUGCAGGGCAUAUGGGAUGAUAUGUAGAUGCAAACGUGUCUGUCCAUGAUGAUACUGCUUACCAAGGCUUGUGUAC